UUAGCCCUCCUGCUCUGAACAUGUGCCCGCUGUGGUGCUCAGAUCUGUUCGCUCAGGUGGCCAGCGCUGCAGGAGUUUGUACCCAGAGGCAGCUGGAGUUACUGCUACACAACAGCAUCCAAAUCCCACACCAGCUUGGGGAGGCCGCCGCGUUCGGAGGGAGCAACAUGGAGCCCAGUGUCCGCAGCUGCUUUCAAUAUGUGGGCCGUAAGGAUGUCAUUGAGCUGCAGCAGUUUGUGGACUGGAUGCAUCUGGAGCCGCAGUCUAUGGUGUGGUUGCCUGUGCUUCACAGAGUCACCGCUGCAGAAACAGCCAAGCAUCAGGCCAAAUGUAACAUCUGUAAAGAGUGUCCCAUGGUGGGCUUCAGAUAUCGAAGUCUGAAGCACUUCAACUAUAACGUGUGCCAGAUGUGUUUUUUCUCUGGACGAAUCAGCAAAGACCAUCAUCUCAGUGACCCCAUGGUGGAGUACUGCACACCCACGACCUCUGGAGAAGAUGUGCGUGACUUCACCAAGGUGCUGAAAAACAAGUUUCGCUCAAAGAAAUAUUUCACCAAACACCCGCGACUGGGUUACCUGCCCGUGCAGACCAUCCUGGAGGAAGAGCACUCAGACACCCCAGUUGCCUUUGUAAGCAUGUGUCCAGAGGAUUAUGAACCAACACAAAGAGACGGAGAAUCGAGCGCCAUCUCACCUGUCCCAGAAUCACACCUGUCAACAUUACAAAUGUCUGAGAAUGUUUUUGCCGACUUCACAUGAUACUCUUCUUCAGUCAGACAAGACAGCGGAGGCUUGGGAAGUUUUUGCAUAAUAUUUACUUUUACAGAGUCCAUCUCAGACCCCACACCAAGAUGACUGAUGUAGUUUUAGUGUGACAGGACUUUCAUCAUCUCCGUCUUCUGCUCCUCAAGCUGAUAAGAGCCCAGUGCGGAUGUGUUUGUUCGCUCGAGGAUGACCAUAAAGACAGAUCGCUCGCCGAUCAAACCCCCCACGCCACUGUCGUCAUGCUUUAAUAAUGCUGCUGAUAGGAAUCUACACAAACCUGAACUCACCAUGACAAUCAGUUCAGAGCCAUGCAGAGUCUGCUGUAAUGUGUGCGUCCUUUUUUUCCUUUAUUGAUGUUUUUGAUUUUGCACUGUUUUACAUCUAAGGCAAAAGCAACAAGAGUUGGCAUGAAACAAUUAGAGAGGAACUUGGAAAUUACUUUAAAAUGGUGGAUGUUUCCUAUAUUUUGUUAUUCAUAACAUGAUUACUAAUAGGCACUGCAGCUACUGUAUGGUGAAAAUGAAAAUUCUCAGUUCCUCUGGAUUUAUUAGGUGUGGGUUUGAUUAAAAUGUAAAGGCCAAUUUGAUUACACUUAAUAAUAGAGAUCCUGAGUAUUGUGGGAAUUUGGUCAAAGCCGAAAAAGGUGUUCUCAGUGUCAACACAUUUUUGGUCACAUUUGGACACAUAUUUAUUUCUGAGAACAUUUGAUUCAAGUUUAAAAUAAAAAAUUGUCAUUGAAAGUUUUUUAGUUUAGUUUUUUUCUUAUUAUUUAAUACACAUUUUUUUGUCAUUAAUUUAUUUAUUUAUACUUCAUUCAGAAAACUACAACUAGUAAAAAUAACUCAUGCUUUAAUAGAUUUCACAGUCUAAAUGCUGGGUUGUUGUAAUCCAAUGUUGGGUCAAUAUGGACAAAUCCAACAAUUUUGUAAAUUCAAUUUAAAUUAUACUUUUUAACCCAAUGAUUUGCUUUGUCCAUAUUUGGCUCCAACACUCAAAAAAUGACAUUUUUGUUUGUUUAAACUACUUAUUUAAAAUGAUUUGAAACUACACAAUUUUUAAGUUGUUUUUGGGACAACCUAAUUGUUUUAUAUUGAAUCCACUUAAAUUUGUAAAAACAAUUAAGUUACCUUCAUUUGUGUUGGGACAUGAAGGAGUUGUGUGGAACUCAGCAUUUUUUUUUUUACAGUGAAUGUCGGGUUGAAACAACCAAGUAUAAUCUUCCAGAUAUUAAUUUCUUAUCUCUUCUGAACUAAACAAAAAUAUAAACAAAUAACACAAAGGAUUAAGGCAGUUCUGAAGUCAAAAGGGGGUCCAACCUGGUACUAGCAAGGUAUACCUAAUAAAGUGGCCGGUAAGUGUAUGUAAAUUUAGUCCAUUUAACACUUAUUUACACAUAACAAUGUUUUUCUUCACCAAUAUAUUGUCACUUUACUAGUUUGCUCAUACUGCUGUGUGAAAAACAUGUCACCAUUUAACUUGCCAAUUUUGUCUCAUUUUGUCAAAUGUUCCUGCUGUAUAUAUAUUUAUAUCUGAAUCCUUUCAUUAUUUAAUUAAAAGAUUACUUAUAAACUCUC